AUGUCUAAUAGAAAACUUAUAGGAAAAAAAUCAAUUAAAUCUUACGUUUCAUGUUUUAAUGAUGAUGAAAGAAGAAUUUUAUUUAGUGAUGAAUUAUCUGAGGGUGAUGACGAUUCUUUACAUUUACAAAGUCCUUUAUUCGAGUACGCUACGUACUUGAAAGAAUUGAAUUAUCCUGUUAUACGUAUGGCUGUUCGUAAAUGUUAUAAAACAUUAGGAAACGAUAAAUUCAGUGAAACAAUUAAACCAAGAAUACAUGGCCUAAGUGUCAGCCGACAAGCUACUAUAAUGAAAGCUUUAUGUAAAUUAUUCUUGAGAAGUUCUAAUUUAGAUUGUAUAAUUUUAGAUUCUAAUGAUGAUAUUCCUGUUGUUUCAAUAUUUACAAGAAGUCAAUCUUCCUUUGUGAAUUUAUCAAAACUCGUAGUUUUGAUAAAUAAUGUUUCAACCAACACUUCAAUUCUUAUAAAGAAAUUACCUGCUAUCUGUACAGGAAUACGUCAUUUAAAAGUUGAUUUAAAUGUUAAUGAUCCAACUGAAGCUGAAAAUUUAUCAACUUUAAUACGUGCCCAACAAAGUCUUUUAACUUUCGAGUUGACUGGUGUUGCUCCAAGAAUCAAUCCUAUCCUAUCAGCUUUGGAAUCUCAAUCUACUUCUUUAACUUUUGUGAAAUUUAAUAAUAUUAAUUAUCAAUGGGCUUCUCUUGAUGUGUUGGGUAAAUGUACAAAUUUACGUGCUAUCGAAUUUCACUCUGAAGAUCAUCAAGAUUGUACUGCGAAUGAUUCAAUACCUACUACUGUCACCGGCGUUUCAUUCUCACUGAGAUCUUUGAAAUUGUUUAAUCAAACUCCAAAAGUUACUGCUGCUGUUAUAAAAACUGGUGGAAGUUCCUUAAAGAAUCUCUGGAUAAACACUAUAAAUACUGAAGUUGUUCAAGCUAUAUUGAGAUCUGCUGUUAGAAUUAUACAUCUUCAUUUGGACUUUGAUAAUAUCCCUGAAAUCAACUUAAAUAAUUAUUUACAAUUAAUCAGGGAACUUAAAUUUAUUCAUCUUCGUUUAUCUUCAACUAAUAUGAAAAGUCUUGAUGCUUUAUUAAUAGCAAUGGCCAAGAACUUACCUUCCUCAUUACGUCAUCUUGAAUUGGAACAAGAUUAUUCCUUAUCUGCGUUAGGUGAAUUUUUAUCAAAUUGUCGUGUACAAUUUGAUGAAUUAUCUUUAUUCCCCAAUGCUGCCAUUGACACUUCAUAUUUAACAACUGUUUUGGGCUUCGUUAAAGAAAGAAAAUCUUUAAAAUUUUUACAUCUCAAUUUAUCAUGGGAAGCUGGUUUAGUAAAUGGAAGAUUUACUAGGGAUAUGGAUAAAGAGAUACAAAAAUGUAUUUAUACUAUCAAUCUUGAUUUACUUAGAUGUGAUUUUGAAACACCUAGAAAGCGUAUGUUUGCUUAA